AUGGAUAUAUUAACUGAACAAGAGUACCACUUCUUCGCGGUGACCGAAAUAUGGUUGACUAGCAAUAUACCUACUGAAGUUGUUAAAGUUCCAGAGUAUAACUUUUAUCGCAGAGAUAGAGAAGGCCGAGGAGGUGGCAUUGGCAUUUAUAUUAAAUCUAUGUAUCAGGUGAGACUUGUUGACUUUGGUAUUGAUACCAGCACAGUUGUGGAAAGCAUCUGGCUAGAGGUUACUCUUCAUAAAGAAAAAUGCAUUGGUGUCAUUUACAGACCCCCAUCUAAGUCCUUUGGCGAUUUUGCUAACGUGUGGGACUGUCCUGCCUUUGUGCAUCUGUCAGUAUGA